UUCCAUCUUUGCCAGCCUCGGAAACCCAGCCACCGACGAAGAGCUCCAAGAGAUGAUCAAAGAGGUCAACUCCGACGACGAUGGGUUCAUCGAUUUGCAUGAGUUCAUUGUCCUGAACACCAAGGGCAUUGAUUCCGACAAGGUUUUGGGGAAUUUUAAGGACAUUUUCGAAUGA